ACUCACAGAGAUCCACCUGGCUCUGCCUCCCGAGUGCUGGGAUUAAAGGCGUGCGCCACCACGCCCGGCAGCAGAGCAGUUUUUAACAGUUUUGCCACAUUAUUCAGGUUGCUCUGUAGUGUAAAACAGCCCAUACUUCUGAAGCCCCCUGUACUGUUCGGAUCACUUCCCCUCUAGCUGUCAGACUAGCUAGCCCCUUGCCUGAAUUUGGUUUUGUACGUUGAACUUACUUGAUUUGAUUGACAUUCUUUCCAGGAAAGAUUCAAAGAACCUUGGAGAUCGGUGGCACAAGGGGAUCCCGAUUGAGGUCAUCCCAAUGGCCUAUGUCCCAGUGAGCCGAGCUGUGACCCAGAAGUUUGGGGGCGAGGUCGAACUUCGAAUGGCUGUCAACAAGGCAGGGCCUGUGGUGACAGACAAUGGGAAUUUUAUCCUGGACUGGAAGUUUGACCGUGUCCACAAAUGGAGUGAAGUGAACACAGCCAUCAAAAUGACUCCAGGUAACCUGAGUGGUCUUCAUAGUCACCCAUCCUUCCAUAGCUCCCCGCUCUUCUGGCCACAGGAGGCAUGAUGGACAUGUACUGUG